UCUCUCUCUCUCUCUCUCUCUCUCUCUACCUCCGCGCUUGAGGUUGGCGUCGGAGAUUACCAAGAUCUCUCUCUCUCUCUAAUCGUCCCCUGGAUAUGGCGUCUCAGCCAGCAGGUGGCAGUCCUCCUAAACCUUGGGAACAAGAAGGAAAUACAUCUGGUCCUAAUCCUUUCAGGCCUCCUUCGAAUACUAGCACGGCUGGUUCAGUUGAGGCUUCUGGCACAGCCAAUCCCGGUGAAGUAGUUUCAUCCGUGAACAGAACUAAUACAGCUGCUAAUAUGAAUGCACUGAGUAGGCCUGUACCGACUAGACCUUGGGAGCAGCAGAGUUAUGGGACCACAAUGGGAGGUUAUGGUUCCAAUCUAGGUGUGAACUCUGGGUAUGGGUCAGGUACAUAUGGUUCAGCAUUAGGUGGGUAUGGUGGUGGAAUGUAUGGUGGUAGUAGUAUGUAUAGAGGAGGUUACGGUGGUGCUGGUGGUCUAUAUGGAAGCUCAGGCAUGUAUGGUGGUGGUGGGAUGUACAACAGCAGUUAUGGUGGCACGAUGGGUGGUUAUGGUAUGGGUAUGGGAUCAGGAAUGGGAAUGGGAAUGGGAAUGGGGAUGGGAAUGGGUCCCUAUGGUGGUCAAGAUCCGAAUGACCCUUUUAAUCAACCUCCAUCUCCACCAGGCUUUUGGAUAUCAUUUCUCCGUGUGAUGCAAGGUGCUGUGAAUUUCUUUGGCCGUGUAGCAAUGCUUAUAGAUCAAAACACUCAGGCCUUUCACAUGUUCAUGUCUGCGCUUCUUCAGCUAUUUGAUCGUGGUGGUAUGUUAUAUGGAGAAUUAGCAAGAUUUGUAUUGCGUAUGCUUGGGGUGAGAACAAAGCCUAGAAAGAUGCAGCAGCCACCACAGGGGCCUAACGGACUCCCUUUACCCCACCAGCCACAUGGAAACCAGAACUACAUCGAGGGGCCUAAAACUGCUGUACCAGGUGGUGGUGGUGGUUGGGACAAUGUAUGGGGCAACUAAAUUACGUGUUUCAUCACCCAAGUCCUUCAUCAUUGCUUUAAAUACACCAUGGACACCAGUUGGUUACUGAUAGAAGACAAGUCAUGCAGCAACCUGCAACACAGAUUGGGAUGUACCAAAGCCAAAUGUUUGUUUACAAAUCGAGUCUCUUCUUCUCCUCUCUCUAUCUCUCUACUCAGUUUUCUGAUCGUGUGAUAAACAAACCGCAGAUAGAUGUCAAAUUCAAUAAAAUGGAAUGUGAAUUUUAAGUGUUUAAA